AUGACCGGAAGUAUCUCUGACUGGAAGAGAUACGUCCAGAGAUGCUACGACAACUUGAACCCCGGCGGCUACUUGGAGCUCAACGAUAUUGAUGCUGUACCUGUCUCAGAUGAUGGGACCUUGACUCAAGACAGCGCGAUUUUGAAGUGUGCAGACCUCUGCCUGAAAGCGAUGGUCAUCUUCGGAUCGCCUUUCCAGGAGUUUGGUCGUCUCGAAGGGGUCCUGAAAGAGAUUGGGUUCACCGACGUGCAGGUUCAUCGCUUUAAGUGGCCGACCAAUAGCUGGCCUAAAGAUCGGAAGCACAAGGAGAUUGGUGCCUGGAACUAUGAGAAUAUUGCGCCCAACUUUGACGGGUUCAUCAUGGCUCCCCUGACACGAGCCCUCGGCUGGACGAAAGACGACGUUGUCGCCCUUGCCGCUGAAGUUUGCAAGGAACUUGGCGACAAGAGAAUCCACGCCUACUAUAACAUGUGA